AUGGUGGAAAUCAUAAAACCACACAACACAGAGAGCAGUUCAAAGUCCGGUCCAUACAUUGACCUGCUGGCCGCCUGCAGGGAGGAGUACCACCGCCGGCUGAAGGUCUACCACGCCUGGAAGUCCAAGAACAGGAUGAGGACCGACGAGGACGACAACCAGCGGGCCCCCAAGUGUGUGACCGACUACGCUGAACACAACCCGGCGCCCGCGGCCACCGCCGCGCCACAGGAAGUGACCAUGAACCGGCAGCAGCGCUACUUCCGUAUCCCGAUCAAGCGGCCGGCAGACCAGUACAAGGACCCCCAGAACAAGAAGGGCUGGUGGUACGCACACUUCGACGGGCCCUGGAUCGCACGCCAGAUGGAGCUGAACCCCGACAUGGGGCCCAUCUUGCUGGUGGCCGGGAAGGAUGACAUGGAGAUGUGUGAGCUGAGCCUGGAGGAAACAGGUCUGACCAGGAAGCGUGGCGCUGAGAUCCUCCCAGGGCAGUAUGAGGAGAUCUGGGAGCGCUGCGACGGCAUCCAGUACCUGAGGAGCGCCAUCGAGAGCAAGCAGGCGCGGCCCACCUACGCCACCGCCAUGCUCCAGAACCCCCCAACUGAACACAACCCGGCGCCUGCUGCCACCGCCGCGCCACAGGAAGUGACCAUGAACCAGCAGCAGCGCUACUUCCGUAUCCCGAUCAAGCGGCCGGCAGACCAGUACAAGGACCCCCAGAACAAGAAGAAGGGCUGGUGGUACGCACACUUCGACGGGCCCUGGAUCGCACGCCAGAUGGAGCUGAACCCCGACAAGAGGCCCAUCUUGCUGGUGGCCGGGAAGGAUGACAUGGAGAUGUGUGAGCUGAGCCUGGAGGAAACAGGUCUGACCAGGAAGCGUGGCGCUGAGAUCCUCCCAGGGCAGUAUGAGGAGAUCUGGGAGCGCUGCGGCGGCAUCCAGUACCUGAGGAGCGCCAUCGAGAGCAAGCAGGCGCGGCCCACCUACGCCACCGCCAUGCUCCAGAACCUGCUCAAAUAACCAGAGGACCAGAACCCGCUCAGAUGAACCAGAACAUGCUCAAAUAACCACAGAAGAUAGACCAGAACCGUCUCAAAUGAACCAGAGAAGAAACACACUGACACACACUGCAUACACACUGACACACACAGACACACACGGGGAGAUAUGCUGAACACAAGAGUCA